ACUCCGCGCGGCGCUAUUUAUCGAGCCUCCUCGUGCGCGCUGCUGCUGUUGAGACGCUCCGGCCCGGCGGCGAGCACGUGGGGUUAGAGCCCCUGCCGAGUCAGAGCGUCCCGUGAAGGAGAUCGGCGUGAAGGGGGAGUAAGAGAUAGGGGCCUUAUUAUCAACAUCCAGCGAGUGUGGAGUUCCACUUACAGCCUCGUGUCUCCCUGCUCUACUCUGAGCCCGUGCAGCUCCCUCGCACCCCCCCCCCCCCACACACGACGAGCCCCAGCUGCCAGCUCCAACGGAAGACAUCGCAGGGGUGUGUCUCGGGACGAGAGGACGCGGACUCGAGGGGGACGAAGGGGGACCUGGACCCCCUUUCCCAACCAUGAGCGCUGCAUGCCCUGAGCUGCACCUGAUGCAAAGUGCGCUCUCCUCCUCGCGUCUCAUGCAGGUUCCAGAGCGCCGCGCGGCCUCAUCCUCUUCAUCAUCAUCAUCCUCCUCAUCAUCAUCGUCAUCGUCCUUGUCCUAUCAAGCCUGCGUGCACGCACAAGGCCAGGCUCUCGAGUUGCAGCCGUUGGACCUGAGCCCCCGUCUCGGCACCCCAGAGUUUGUGCGCUUUAACAUGGAACUCGCGAACGCCGACCCGGGCUACGGGGGAAAGCCCUCCGACUCAUGCGCGUUCCACCACCAUCACCAGCACCAGAAUCAUCAUCACCAGCACCACCAGCAGCAGCAGCAUGAGUACCAGAACGCGCAACAGGACGAAGAGAAUACAGACCAGCGGCAGCCCGCACCCGUGAAGGCAGAGGUGCAGCCCAUGAUGUCCUGCCUGCUGCACGGCGCAGCGUACCCACACCCGAGUCACGAGCACCACCAGCAGCAACAGCAGCAGCAGCACCAGGAGCAUCAGCAGCAGCAGCUCAACGGAGCCGCUGGGGCGCGGGAAUACUUCAAAGCGUCUCCGCCGCACACCCCGCCGGCCGCUUACACCGACAUGCAACAGGAGCAGCAGCAGCAUCCGCAGCUGCUGCAGAGAACAUGGGAUGUGGGGGCAGCCCUGGGCGCGCUGCCCUUCCCGAGAGACUACACCAUCACCAGCCUCACGGAGCUCGGCGUGAAGGCGCUGCCCGCUUCCAAGUACAAAUCCUUGCAGCCUCCAUCCUCCUCGUCCCCUGUGCCCUACAAGUUCUACCUGCCCGGGCGGGACGCGCCGCCGAGCGCGGAUGGAGGUCCCCGCUUCUCCAGCUACGUCGGCUGCUUCCACCGAGCUCCGGCGGGCGAGCCCCGUGCCGGGUUCCCCUCGGCAGAACCCCUACAGCCAGGGUUCGCGGUCCCGGGUGACCCGGACGCGCACCGCGGUCUUCAGGUCGCCUCGUCCUCCUCGCCCGGUCCCGGUUACUCGACCUUCUCCGACUCCCUCAACUCCCAGCAGCAGCAGCAGCAGCGGCUCAGCCGGGGGUCCCCGGGCGGGGAUGCGUCGCGGGCCGGGGCGAGAGCGGCUCACGCAGGGUACGCGGAGGGCACGAGCGACGUGGGCGUCGGCAGGGAGAUGGCGAUGUCGUUCGCGGGUGGUCCCCUGCCCGCCGUCAUGUCCGGCGGCGACAACUUCGACCUCGCCAUGACGAGCAGAGCGCAGCGUUCGGACUCGGGCAUGGGCAGAGGUGGGGUCCACGGGGUGGGUGGGAUGCCGCUCGCUCCGUCUCCCACCGACUACCCGCGGGGUCUGGGGCCACAAUCACAAGCUUCGCAGCAGCAGCAGCAGCACCAACAUCAGCAGCAGCAGCAGCAGCUGAUGUCUCAGCGCUACGAAGACGUCGACUCGCCGGGCCGCUUCGCCGCGCGGCGCUUCCCGACGCCCACGUCUCCGCCGCCCAGCGAGGGAAUGUGCGCCGUGUGCGGGGAUAACGCGGCGUGCCAGCACUACGGGGUGCGCACGUGUGAGGGGUGCAAGGGCUUCUUCAAGCGCACGGUGCAGAAGAACGCCAAGUACGUGUGCCUCGCCAGCCGGAGCUGCCCCGUCGACAAACGGAGGCGCAACCGCUGCCAGUUCUGCCGCUUCCAGAAGUGCCUCAGCGUGGGCAUGAUCCGAGAAGUGGUUCGCACCGACAGCCUUAAGGGCAGGCGAGGCCGCCUCCCCUCCAAGCCCAAGGGCGCGGGGGCAGGGCGGGCACUCGGCAGAGUGGGCAGCCCCGGGGAAGGGCAGCAGCACGGACAGCAGCACGGCUCGGGAGGGAACGCUCUGCUGUGCGGCGUGGCGAGGGCUCACCACGACUCGUGGCCGGCAGCCGCGCACCUCGACUACUCCAUGUACAGCCCCGCGGGCGAGCACGACCCCGGGGGCCCGGCCGCCGAGGCUGACCACGUGCGCGUCUUCUACGAGCUGCUCGCCACCUCGGCGGAGGCGAGCCGCGCGUGGGCCUCGCGUCUCCCGGGCAUCCCGAGUCUCGCCAGACCCGACCAGGACAUCCUCCUCGACGCCGCUAUCCUCGAGCUCUUCGUCCUCCGCCUCGCCUACAGGUCGCGACCCCGAGAGGGCCGCAUGGUGUUCUGCGCGGGGCAGGUGCUGCACCCUUCCCAGUGCCUGCGCGCCUUCGGGGAGUGGAUGGAGCCCAUCCUGGAGUUCUCCUCGUCCCUGCAGUCCCUGCAGAUCGACGCCACGGCCUUCGCCUGCCUCGAGAUGACGGUGCUGCUCACGGACCGGCGCGAGCUGCGGGAGCCGAAGCGCGUGGCGGAGCUGCGGCGGCGCGUGCAGCAGAGCGCGCGCGAGCACGUGGGCGCGGGGAGCCCCGUGCACGCGCGCCUCGCGGGGGCUCCCGCGGAGCUGCGCGCGCUCUGCACGCAGGGCCUGCAGAGGCUCUUCUACCUCAAGCUCGAGGAGCUCGUGCCCGCGCCGCCCGUCGUCGAGAGACUCUUCCGCGACACGCUGCCCUUUUAGACGACGCCGUGAUUUGUUUUUUUGGCCCGGUCGUCAAAAACAAACAAACAAACACCCCUGCCCUUGUACAGGAGUGGGUCUCUACACCGGCGCUCCACUCGCAACAACCCUGCUCGUUUAAGGAGGGUGAGGUGAGGGUGUGACACACCCAGGGUGGCGUAGCUGUUGCUGAGUGCGCAGGCGGUGCAGCUGCGCCACAGGAGCGCAGUCGCCGGGCUACGAAGAUUAUUUCAGGGUAUGGUCCAAUUUCCAUUCAUUGCACUCCAGGGCCCAUACCAACCGCGAUACGGCCGGCACUGGAUCCACGAGAGACACUCCGCCCUUUUACAUGAUGGGUUGCAAGGGUUGGGUUCUUCGGUAGUGCCCCCACCAGAGACACCGUGACCUUUCAGAGCGAAGCGUCCCGGGCCUCGUCGCUAGGCUCCACGCCCUGUCCUUUUGAAGAGGGCUGGAUGGAUGGGUUUGCUUCCGGCUGCGCCUCACAUGCGACUCUCCGUCCAAUUACGAUGGUGAUGGAGAGGCUGCUGGUCUUCGUAUCGCGACACCGUGCGCUUAUAGAAAGAAGUCGCCCACGCUCGCUCGCUCGCUCACUCUCCCUGCGACCACCCUGCGCUUUUUUUUUAGAUGGGGCUUUGGGGGUCCCUCGGGGAGGG